AGAACAGGGAGUCCUUUAUGCUAUUUUACCCCCCUUAUAUUUGGUCUUAUCUCUUCUUUCUCUCUCGCCACAGGAACUACUGCCUAUGCACGACACACACAAAUGCAAACACACAGAGCCUUUACUUACACAUACGCACAAAACCUAAGGAUUAAAGAAGAGUUAAAUUGCAGUUGAUAAACUCUAUAGUUGAAACUGGCCUAGGCUGCUGCUUUCUAAAUCAUUUACUCUGAAGAGGUGUUGGCUAUGAUUUUGCAUGCCUUAUUUGAGCUGUUUGGUGUUAAAGGCUGGUUAAUAAUCAUUUCAGUUUUCUUGAUCCUGAUCGAUUAUAUUCAGAACAAAAAUCCACCUAACUUUCCUCCAGGACCACGGCCUUUACCUUUCUUGGGAAAUGUCUUCACUGGAGUUGACUAUAAAACUAUGGACAAGCUUGCUGAGAAAUUUGGGAAUAUUUUCAGUCUGCGGAGAGGAAGUACUAAAAUAGUGUACGUUUCUGGAUAUAAGGCGGUGAAGGAAGCUCUUGUCACAAAAGUGGAAAGCUUUGCCCGUUUUGUUACACCUCUGUUUAAUGAAAUAUACAAAGGAAGAGGUGUGUCAUUCAGCAAUGGCUACUCAUGGAGGAAACAGCAGCAGUUUGCUGUUAGCCACCUGAAGAACUUUGAUGAAGGGAAAAGGACUCUGGAAAAAAACAUCCAGCGAGAGAGCCAUUUCCUCUCUGAGGCAUUUAAAGAGGAACAGGGCUGUCCAUUUGAUCCUCUGCUCAAAAUUAAUAACGCAGUGGCCAAUGUGAUCGGCACCCUGGUCUUCGGCCAUCGUCAUGAGUACGAUGACAUUCAGUUCCAGAAACUUCUACGGAUGAGUGCAGAGUCGGUGUACCUCACUGGCUCUGUGUGGAAUGAGUUGUACGAUGCAUUCCCCAGCAUAAUGAGGAGAAUACCAGGACCACAUCACACUAUAAUCAACAACUACAAAACACUUGCAGCCUUUCUGAAAGAAGAGAUUAACAAACACAAACUCGACUGGAAUCCUGAUGAGCCUCGGGAUUACAUCGAUUCCUACUUAGCAGAAAUUGAGAAGAGAAAGACAGACAAAGAGGCCAAGUUUGAUGUGGACAAUCUGGCACUGUGCAUGGUGGACCUGUUCGAGGGAGGAACUGAGACCACAACCAACUCUUUACGCUGGGCUCUUCUCUACAUGAUUAAAUAUCCACUAAUUCAGGAGAAGGUCCAGGAGGAGAUUGACCGUGUUGUUGGACGUUCACGUUUACCCGCUCUGGCAGACAAGGCCAACAUGCCGUACACCAAUGCUGUCCUUCAUGAGGUGCAAAGGAAAGGCAAUCUUGUUCCACUAAAUAUGUCCAGGGUGACCAUAAAGAACUCUACACUGGGAGGCUACUUUAUACCAAAGGGAACAAUAAUGAUCACUAACCUCUCCUCCGUGCUGUGUGAUAAGAGUGAAUGGGAAACACCAGAUAUCUUCAACCCUGGACACUUUCUGGACUCGGAGGGCCGCUUCCACAGACGAGAUGCUUUCUUUGCAUUCUCUGCAGAUCUUGCAGCAGCAUUGAUGAAUCUGACCACUGCACAAAGUCUUUUCCAGCACAUCCCAAAGAAUUUGAAUGAGGUUAAGAUCUGGACUCUGUGGGGAACAAUCCAGGUGUGAAAAUGAUGAUCUCAUGCUCCCUGAAUCACUCUUUCACAAUUCCAGCCCCAUGAAUCCUGACAUUGUCAUCUUGGAAUAUACCCGUGGCAUCAGCGAAGAAAAAAUCCAUUGAUGGAAUAACCUGGUCUAUAUUCAGUAUAUUCAGGUAGUCAGCUGACCUCAUUCUUUCAGCACAUACAUUGCUGAACCCAGACCUGAACAACUGCAGCAUCAACCCCACAUCAUUUACUUACUUAAAUCCAUGUACAGACUUUCUUUUUUGGGCCAGGCAGAGUAUUAACUAUCUUAUCAGCUGGAGGCUGGUGGUGCUGUUGGACUCAGUCUAAUAGGAUUUUUGGAUGUGUGUGUGUGUGUGCUGUAGGUAAGAGGAUGUGUCCUGGAGAGUAUCUGGCUCGUGUGGAGCUAUUCCUCCUCUUCACCAUCCUCCUUCAGACCUUCACUUUUAGUCCU